AUGUCGUCUGAUACCAGUGGCAGUGGAUAUGAGACACCUACUGGUGUUCCAAGCAAAAAACAGAAAAGGAAGUACAGUCAAAAAUAUUCGAAAUCCUGGGAAAAUGAUGAAGAAUUUAAAAAGUGUCUGAAAAGCAGCAAAAAAAGUGCAAAUUUCGCAUAUUGUGGUGUAUGUAAAGUUGACUUGACAAUUCAAGCUGGAAAGACUGACUUGCGAAAACAUGCUAAUUCAAAGAAGCACAAGGAAAACUGUGUUGUCGUGUCGAGACAACCCUCUGUAUUUGACAUGCCUGGAUCCAUUAGGAAACAAAAAGAGACUGAUGCAGUGAAAACUGGUGAGAUUCGGAUAGCAUCAUUUGUCGCAGAACAUGAUUUACCAUUUACUGUUGUUGAACACAUCCCCAAGUUAAUUCAAGCUAUAUGUACUGAUUCUGAAAUUGCAAAACAACUUAAAUGUGGGAGAACCAAAGCAACUGCUAUUGUGAAAAAUGUUUGUGGUCUAGAGAGCAUUUCAUCACUAAUUCAAUGCCUACAGCAGUUCAAAUUUUCCCUCAUAGUAGAUGAAUCUACGGAUAAAGGCUGUGUGAAGCACUUGUGUUUGAUUGCUAGAACAAUGAUGAACGAGGACAUUCAAGAUUGUUUUCUGGGCCUCAUCCCUGUACAAGAUGGUUCUGCUGAUGUUCUUCAUGCUAACAUUGUUAAUUUUUUUGAAGAGAACAACAUCCCAUACAAAAACAUGUUAGGCUUUGCAACAGAUGGGGCCAAUGCUAUGCUUGGGCCUCAUCACUCUCUGUCCUCUUUACUGAAGAAUGACAUUCCUAGGUUGCUUAUCAUGAAGUGCAUAUGCCACUCUUAUGCUCUGUGUGCAUCAUACGCAUGUCUAAAGUUGCCACGAGGAAUUGAAGAUUUAGCACGUGAUGUCUACUCCUACUUUUCUUGCAGUCCAAAAAGACAAGGAACUUUUCAAGAAUUUCAAGAAUUUGUUCAGGCCAAGCCUCACAAGCUCCUACACCCUUGCCAGACUCGGUGGCUGUCCCUUGAGUCUGUUGUGUCUAGACUCCUGGAACAAUAUAAUGCUCUAAGACUGUAUUUCACUGAUGCAGUAGUAAGCGAAAGACUUCUGGCAUGUGAAAACAUUUUACAGAAACUUAAUGAUCCAACAACAAAACUAUAUCUUCAGUUUCUAGAGUAUGUAUUACCCUUCUUCAACAUGCUCAACAAACAAAUGCAGUCUGAGUCACCCCAGAUUCACAUCCUUCGCAAGUCUGUUAUAAGGUCAUACACAACAAUUUUGGAAUGCUAUCUACAAGACGAUUACGCCCAGAACACGCCAGUGGAAACCAUAAACCCUCGUGAUCCACACAACUUCAAAGAGCUCGAUUCUAUGUAUCUCGGUGUAGCUGUUGAAAUGUCGCUAUCACAGCCACAUUUAUUUCCUCAGCAAGCUGUACAACAGUUCAAGCUACGAUGUCUGGACUUCCUUAUUGAAGCUGCAGUUCAAAUAUCCAAGCGGUUUCCUAUGCAAAAUGAAACAUUCAAGCAUUUAGAAGCACUGGAUCCAGCUGUUGUCAAAGAAAAGAGCAUCCAAACACUAGCCCCCCUAAUGAUGAACUUUCCAUCCCUUGUGAGUGACGAGAAAAGGCAAAAAUUGACACCCAAUGGAGGAUCCUAA